GUCAUCCGUUUAAAGAUGCUUCUGUAUAUUAUUUGUUAUUCACGUAACAUUAUUUUAUGAUUUAAUUAAAUUGUAAUCGAAAAUAACCUAGAUAAUAUUUCAUACACACGUUAUAAAAAGCUUCAAAAUUCCUGCUAAAAACAAGGAACGAAAGAGAAGACAGCCGCAGAACAGGACAGAAGGUAGAAGAAUAUUUAAAUGAUCUAACAAAAUGAGCAAUCGGAAUUGUCGUCCGUCACAACGAGCCGCAUCCUUUGCGAAUCACAAUCGAGGGAGCCGUGGUGCUGGCCUUGCGUGACAACUUGCAAUCUCGACAUUACUCGUAGUGUCAUAUUAGCAAUUGUAGCCCAGUGAUCAACAUGAGAUACGCUCUUGUAUUCCUGUUUCUUUGUGCUGCUUUUGAGUGGGGCUUUGCCAUCAUGUGCUACGAAUGCAACAGCGCUAUCAACAGUCUUUGCCUGGAGAAGGUCUUACCUGAAAGCCUGAAGAAGAACUGCUCAGAUCAUGAUAAAGGCGUGACGCACACCAUGUGCAGGAAGAUUAUACAGCACGUGGACCAUUCUGUGAACGGGAAGUACCCGGAGAGCAGGGUCGUCAGGAGCUGUGGGUGGGACGAGACUAAGUUUAAGGGUAUGUGCUACCACCGCGCAGGGUACGGCGGAAGGCAGGAGGUUUGUUCCUGCAUGACUGACUACUGCAACGGAGCGUUUGCCGCACACUCCUCGACUGCAUUGCUGAUUUUUACUGUUCUACAGAUGCUAGUUACGAAUUUAUGCAAAUGAACUUAUAGGAAACAAAAUCAUGAUGAUAUAGUUUAGUCCACUGUAAUUGCCUUUUACACAAUAUUAGUUUUGCGAAUGUAAAAUGAAUCUUCGUUCCUACAAAAUUUAUUUAAAAGCGAGUAUGCUUGUGGUAGGAUACAUUUUAUAUCCGCGCGGAUAGCGACCACUAAACGCAAGGUGUUACAACCGGCCAUAGUAGUCCACGUUAGUAUGUUCUGGGAUCUGCCUGUGUAUAUACGGUUCCAACAGGCCGGCAUAAUUGUAUCGAAUGCCGAUGGGUAAUCAUUUCUCGUCAGUGCACAUUUUAUUGGACCCCACUCCACUUACCAUCAGGAGCAGUGGGGUCACUAUGUCGUGGUCGGAUAAAUAAAAUAAAAAGUGUAUAAUAUAAAUAAAAGAACAUAAUACAAGUAUUAGCUUCGCUUUUUAAAUAUUUUCUCUCUGCGACUAGUAUGCGCCUUGUCGAGAGACCCUAGUAUUCAACCUGUUCAAAGGGGUAAGGUGAAUAAAAUUUUAUCAACUUAAUAUUUCAUCUGAUUGACUGUUUAAUUUCCGGUCUGAAGUAAGUGAAAUUUAUUGCCAGCAAAGUUGACUACAGGUAAAUGUAUUGAACGUAUUUUAUGUGAUGUAGUUUUUCAUUGUGAAUAUAAUGUAAAUAAUUUUACAAUAAAUUCAUGUUUGCUGCA